CCUACAGGCCGACCAAAUAAAUAACGAAAGAGAAAGAGAGGCACAGCCCCAGAGAAACCAUGGAGGAGGAGAGCAAGUUCUGCAAGAACUGUAAACGAGAUGUGUCUGCUGCCAAUUUCUCUCUCCACGAGGCCCACUGCAUGCGGUUUCUCGCUAUCUGUCCAGAAUGCGAUGAACCUAUUGCUCUAAAGGAAAUGGAGGAGCAUCAGGAAGACGCACAUAAGCAGGUCAGAUGUAAACUGUGUCACCAAAGCAUGCAGAAAUACCUGCUGGAGAAUCAUGAGUUCAAUGAAUGUAAUGAGCGAUCAAUGAAAUGCACAUUCUGCGAGCUGGGAAUGCCCUUCAAUAAGCUGCAGAGGCACCAGGAGGCCUGCGGUAGUCGCACGGAGCUCUGUUGGGAGUGUAACAAAUACAUCAUGUACAAGGACUUGGACAAGCACAAAGACGUUUGUCAGAAUGGCAAGAAGCUAUCAAGCAAUGGUGAGAUGCACUAUCAACCCAGUGAGGAGUCUGCUCGUCCAACCUCAAUUCUCCCACCCUCAGGUCUCAGUGACAAUCUUUGUCAGCACUGCAAUAAGUACUUCCCAGAUGACCAGUACCUCCAACACCUGACUGAGUGCAGCCCGCUCUCCAAACUCGCGGAUAUUCUCGCCAGCCAGUCAGUUACAAAAUCCCGCCCGCUCCCACCUUCCUCUCUGGUUACGUCUCCCCCCCGUGAGAAUGCAGCCGUGGCGUGGAAGGACGUUCGCCCAAAGCGGAAGGAAAAGGACUUAUCUUCUGCCUCCAGGCCCUCACUCAAGCCUCUGAAGAACAAAAAGUCAGCAGGCCGCCCUGCUUUCACUGCCACAGUGGAUCCCGUACUGCCUAAGGCUCUUGAAGACCCAAUGACUUACGAUGUGUUGGUGACCUGUUCCCAGUGCAAUAUCCUCCUCCCAGGUCCGACUCUAAGGAAGCACGAGAAAAAAUGUCUGCGUCUAGCUUCUUUGCAAAAUCUCAGGAGGAAACCAAAAUGGAGUCCUGGAAAACAAGAGGAGCCUUUCUAAGGCACUCCUGGAAGAAACUGGAACCAGAGAUGCCCCACCAGACCCCAGGCUUCAGUUCAGCGCUAGUAACGGCAUUCUAAACACAUGGCUUUAUACAUAGCGAAUAAAAGCGUCAUGCUUCCUACACUAGACUGAGAACAA